UACAUCGUCCAAUUAGAUUUCUUUUCAGAAACCCUAAAAUCUGUUCGGGUCAAGGGUUCAACAAAAUACCCAUUUUUUAUUAAACACAAAAAAUAAAUAUAAAAACCAAAAAAAAAAAACGAACAUUCCUUCCUUCUCGCUCCCCACGAUCUCUUCACGCAACAAAACAAAACCUCUCUCUAUCUGCGAUUGUGAAUUCCACUUCGCCACUCACCACUGUGUAGUGUUCUCUAUGUUCCUUACGUGCGGUUAAUUACACCCUCUGUUUCACUUCACUUACUUCAUCCUCUGUUCUCUUUUUGUCUUAAUGGCUUCAACCAAUGGUGGUUCGGGUUCCCCGCCACAAGUUUCGGAUAGUGCUGUAGAAGGAACUGUUGUCGGCGUCGAUGGGGAUUAUGCUGAUCAGCAACCUGACCUGUCCUACACCAGUUAUUUUCAACAACCAGGUGUUCAUAAAUCAGAAGCCAUGCCUUAUCGUUCUUCCGCAUCACCUUCUGUUGGCAUGCGAUAUAAACCUGUCAGUGGUUCUGUAUUUGCAAAAAAUUAUCCAAAAUCUUCUACCUUAGAGAAUCAAAACAGCUCACAGUAUGCACAUCGAACUGGCAGUUUAACCAGCAGGUUACCCAAGAUUUUGACUGAUAGAAAAGAAAUGGAAAUUCAAAAAAAGGCUCCUCAUUUGCAUUCUAAUUUUACAGCUGCCGCACCUCCAAGGACCUACAACCAAACAGGAAAUUUUUCAUCAUUUGCCAACCCAAGAAGCCAUGUCUUCCCGCAUACAAACUACAGGCCAAAUUCUUCUACUAACUACAGACCAGGUGCCUCUACUAACUACAGACCAAAUGCCUCUACCAACUACAGACCGAAUGCCUCUACCACCAACUACAGACCGAAUGCCUCUACCGACUACAGACCGAAUGCUUCUACCAACUACAGACCAAAUGGUAGAGUGUCUAAUUUAAAUGAUAGAGUUUUGUUGAGUGAGGAAUUCAGAAGUGGAGUGCCUGAAAUGUCUAAGGAAGUGACUCGGGGUCCUCGGUUUCAUCAAAAAAGUUCUCAACCACAAUCAUCCGUUGUUAAGGAUGAGUUUGCAAUCACAGUAUGCAGAGAUCGAUAUAACCUUCCGGAUUUCCAAACUAAAUAUGAAAGUGCUAAAUUUUAUAUGAUUAAAUCUUUCAAUGAAGAUGACAUUCAUAAGGGUAUUAAACAUGACGUUUGGACAAGCACUCCACAUGGAAAUAAGAAGUUGAACGCCGCAUUCCAAAAUGCAGAAGCUAAAUUUAGCGAGGCAGGCACACAGUGCCCAGUCUUCCUCUUCUUUUCGGUUAAUGCAAGUGGGCAGUUUGUCGGAGUAGCUGAGAUGCUUGGGCCAGUGGACUUCAAAAAAGAUAUGAAAUUUUGGAAACUCGACAAAUACAACGGAUUCUUCCCAAUUAAGUGGCAUAUAAUAAAAGAUGUUCCGAAUCGCCAGUUCGUGCACAUCAUCCUUCAAAACAAUGAGAACAAGUGUGUAACUUUCAGUAGGGACACACAAGAGAUUGGACUGAAAGAGGGUCUGGAAAUGCUGAAAAUAUUUAAAAGUUAUCAAGCUAAGACUUGUCUAUUGGAUGAUUUUGAUUUCUAUGAAAAUCGAGAGAAGUUAAUACAUUCCCAAAAGAUUACUAAGCAUACAGGUCCAAAACAGGAAGUGUACCACAAUGACAGUUACUAUAACACUAUGAAGGCAAGAGAGGAGAAAAUAGAGAUGCAUUCAAGUGGUAGCAAUCAAGAAAGUCUGGUCAAACUAACAAAGAACCUCUCUCUCAAUCCCUCUGUAAGACAAGGCUUUAGAUAAUAUGAUUGACCAAAUACCAACAAAAAAAAGGAUGGCCAGAUUUUUUUAUUAAUUUAUUUUAUAUUUUAGAGAGUUAAGAUAAUUAUGGCUCUUAUUUAAUUUAUGAUACUUUAUACAUAAGAUGAACUCGAAACGUUUGCAUUUCAAUAAAGUUCAGAUCACAUUUACAA